AUGGAUCAAGGUGGAAUUGUCCAGCCUCAUAUGAAGAAGAGGCCACAAUCGAGAGGAUCAACAGCCUCAGCUACAACCCAACCCGGACUCGACCACCAGGGGCUCGCAGAUGCGCAAGAUCUCUACUCAGCGCAGUGGGUCAACAACGAUCAGAGGCAUCCGAAACCUCUCGCACCAGCUCCACGCAUCUCUCCCGACGGCAUGAUGAUGCAGGCUGCAACGCAAAUGCAAGGCAUUCGCGACUACACGAUGCAGCCCACGACGCAUGCCCCGGUCAACCAUGCAAUGGCAUUCCACCGACAGUCGCUUUCCGGCCACUCGCAACCCAUGGACAGCAUGAUGAACAACAGCUUCACGGAGGACAGUCAAAUGCUUGACCGCGACGACAACGAUGAGGGUGACUCGCUUGCCGGUGCCUUGGGGAUGGCAAAGUCAACGUCUGCCAAGUCAAGCGCCAACAACGAGCUUGAGAUGCGCCAUCUGUUCGGUGCCAACAGGCACCGUAAGCUCCAAGAAGUGGCGCAGGAGCUGCAUGGAAACGAGAGGGGCCCCAACUCUGAACGGACAAGACAGGUUUUCGCCAUGUUGUGGAUCAAUUCGGUCUGUUCGAAGGGCAAGGGAUCAGUUCCUCGCGGUCGAGUUUACGCCAACUACGCGUCGCGAUGCGCGACAGAAAGGAUCACAGUUCUCAACCCAGCGAGUUUCGGCAAACUUGUUCGAGUCUUGUUCCCAGGACUGAAGACCAGGCGUUUGGGCGUUCGAGGCGAGUCCAAGUAUCAUUACGUUAACUUCGCGCUUGUCGACGAUCAACCAGAAAUCCGUGAGCCAGAAGCACCACUUCCCCUUGCUCCGGCAGCCGCGAGCUUCUCCCGCAGCAAUAGCAUCGCUCCCAAUAAGCCAGCAUCUGCUACCUUCGCCAAAGACAGCCAAGCGCCAUCCGACUCUAUGCCUCGUACAAAGAGCCCGGCUUCGCUUAUAUCAGGCCACUCCCGAUCCCACAGCUUCUACAGCAUGCCAAGUAUCACUUCUGCAGACCAGCUCCACACGACCACCAGCAAAACUUCACUCGAGCUUAGCUUUCCUUCUGAGCUGGAGGAGGCCAUGUUCAACCAGUCAGAGGCCAUUGCACUACCACGGAUCGAACCAUUCCUUCCGCAAGGAACGGAUCCUGACGCUGCAAAGAGUCUUUCGGCACUCUAUCGCUCCCAUUGCACUUCGCUUGUCGAAUGCGUGCGCUACUGCAAGGAAAAGACAUUUUUCCAUCUCUACACAUCAUUUCAAGGCACACUCACGAUGCCCGUGCAAAAGCUUCUGGGUAAUGCCAGCGUCGCUCCUUGGAUCGAAGAAUGUGACUUCAUAUUGUAUCAGCGAAUGAUGCAGAUUGUCUCGGGCUUGACACUCCAGGUUGUUCCCAAACCUGUUCUGGACACAUUACGAAGUAUAUCUACGCGUUUGGUGCCCCACAUCCGUGAAGCCUUCCAAGGACAGCCACUUCAUGUCAUCCGUGCCAAAGAAGCGCCUGCGACAGUCUUUGCAGCCCUGCUCGAUCGCGCGCUCAAGGUCAACCUGACAGCUCAUGCUGCAGCCAACAUGCUUUCCAACCCGGCCAAUCGAGAUCAGAUGUAUCUGGACUGGAUCACUAUGGUUCCCGUCCGAAAGGUGGCGGAAUCAAUCCCCACUCGCGGAAUGGACGACUUCGUCAACCUUGUGGUUUCCGAGAUCAGGGACCUGCUUGAUCCACAGAGCGUUCCAUGGGAAGUUGAGUGCUUGACGGUUUACGGUGACCUUGCCUCAAGAAAAGAGCGACAGCUCAAUGACAACGCUGGAGAGUCCAGCGGACAGAACGUUCUCGAGCGAUGGGUGAACUUUCUGAAGUCUCUUGCAAGCCGCUUCCCUUACGCGCGACACGCCGACAUUGUCUAUGGUGUCCAGCGGAUCGGCACAGCUGUCAUGCGUGAUCUAACCAUGGCUCAAGGCAAGAGUUUUGGAUCCUGGUGGGUCACGAAGUGCUGGAUCGACGAGAUGAUCUCGUUCCUGGCGGAACAAGGCGGUUUUAUGAAACUCAAGACAACACGCGUGGCAGAGGAUGUAGCGGCCGCGCCGAUCCCCAACAAUGAGGCACAAGGCGAAACUGCGCGCCAAAGCGGCGGCAGUGAAGAGUUCAACUUCUCCAGCCUAUCUUCCGCGCAACCGGACCGGGCACCAUUUCCAUCCACAAACAGCACGACACAGGUAGAUCCGGCGGGCCUCGGUGGAGGCUGCAAUCCUGAUGACAGCGGGAUCGGGAUUCGAACGCCUGACGAGGAGUUCCCUAUGGACAAGUACACCUUCUCACAGACCGAAGUCGACCAGGCCCUGCUGUCUUCAGGGCAGGGCAUCGAGCAAUGA